AGGAGUCAGCUGUUUACGUAAAUCUACUCCUUGAUAUAUAUUCAUAUAACAGCAUAAAAGUUACUAAAAUCCUUUGUGUAGGAUGGCGAUUGGCGCUUUUCCAGCCGCCAAAUUAGGUGUUUUGGCCAUAAAACAGAUAAGCAAACCUAUAGCUAACGUAAUUAAAAGUAAUGCCAAGCAGAGUCCCAUAUUUCGCAAAUACGUUUGCAUGCCACCGGCUCAAUUAUACAAUUGGGUUGAAGUAAAAACGAAAAUGUGGGCGCUGAAUUUGGGUAAACCCGUAGCAGUGCCGCCGCUUAACGAAGCUAUGGCUAUUGAGCUGGGCGCAAAUUUGCUUGGCGAAGCCAUUAUUUUUGUGAUAGGUGCUGCAGUACUUAUAUUCGAAUAUACUCGCCAGUCUAACAAUGAAGCGAAAAAGCAAGAAACAAUUCGCCAAGAAAAAGCUGAAUUAGCAAUAACACUGGCUGAAAUGGGUUUCCGUUUGGAACGCCAAGAUGCACAAAUUAGGGAAAUGACGCGUGCGCUGGCAGAUUUAGAAUCGCGUAAUAUAUUCAAAUGGACCCGCGAAACAAUCGCUGAAUACCAGCCUUUCAAUCCAAAUACUCCCGAUCAAAGCAAUAUCGUCGUUAAAGAUUUCGAUGGUGACUAUGAUCCGAAUGGUGGCCUACUAUACAGAGCAUUAAACUUCUUAGAGACGCGUGUUUUUGUUGAUGGACGCAAGAGGAAAGAAUCCACUCUACCUUUAACCGUAAGCAAUGACUUGGAUAUCCAACCGUACGUACACGUGGAAAACGAAGCAGUGCAACAAAAUGUGAUCACAAAACAACAGCUUAAAAAUUCAAAAGCGCAGUGACUAGCCGAAGAGCGUGAAUUACUCCAGCUAAAUAAUGAGAUAGCCAAGUUGGAAUAUGCGAUCGAAACGGCUUCAAAACAAAAAUAAAACAUCCGUUCUACAGUGUAAUUAUACGUUUUUUUACGUAUUUGUAAUCUUAUUUAAAAAGUGUGUUACAGUAACUCGUUGAUCAAAAGAUGUAAACGUACAAGUUUUAUUUUCCAUCCUGCCUGAGGAUUUAAUUUGCAUUUGCGCUUAAAGUGUGAUUAUUUGUUAUCGAGUACAUUUAGUUCAGUACUGCACAUACAUACAUAUGUACUUGCAUGUUUCAUACAUUCUGGUUGUAAAUAUUGCUUAUUUUGUAGGACCAAAACGUGUUUUAAUGCUUGAAAUUUGAAUAAAAAGUGUUAAUUAAAAUAUUUAUUGUAA